AUAUUACUCUGUUAUUCCUCUCUCUGUACCAGGUCAUCGUCUGCUCAGCGACUCUCCACUCCUUCGACGUAAAGAAGCUGUCAGAGAGGAUCAUGCACUUCCCCACCUGGGUGGACCUGAAGGGAGAGGAUUCUGUCCCUGAGACCGUACAUCACGUGGUCGUACCUGUCAACCCUAAACACGACCGCAGCUGGGAACGCCUCGACCGCAAGAACCACAUCCUGACUGAUGAGGUCCAUGCUAAAGACAACACCAGACCAGGAGCCAACAGCCCAGAGAUGUGGUCUGAGGCCAUCAAGAUCUUGAAGGGGGAGUACACCAUCAGAGCCAUCAGGGAACACAACAUGGACCAGGCCAUCAUCUUCUGUCGGACCAAGAUCGACUGUGACAACAUGGAGCAGUACUUCAUCGUACAGGGAGGAGGUCCAGAUAAAAAAGGCCACCAGCUUUCCUGUGUCUGUCUCCAUGGUGACCGGAAGCCCAAUGAACGCAAGACCAAUCUGGACCGAUUCAAGAAACAGGAAGUGAAGUUUUUGAUCUGUACAGACGUGGCGGCCAGGGGCAUCGACAUCCACGGAGUCCCCUACGUGAUCAACGUGACUCUGCCAGAUGAGAAGCAAAACUACGUCCAUCGCAUCGGUAGAGUGGGGAGAGCAGAGAGGAUGGGGUUGGCCAUCUCUCUCGUUGCCAUGGAGAAGGAGAAGGUGUGGUACCAUAAUUCUGUGGUCUCAGGUCACUGACUCGUUCUGUCUGUAGGUGUGGUCUCAGGUCAACAGGUCACUGACUCGUUCUGUCUGUAGGUGUGGUCUCAGGUCAACAGGUCACUGACUCAUUCUGUCUGUAGGUGUGGUCUCAGGUCAACAGGUCACUGACUCAUUCUGUCUGUAGGUGUGGUCUCAGGUCAACAGGUCACUGACUCAUUCUGUCUGUAGGUGUGGUCUCAGGUCAACAGGUCACUGACUCAUUCUGUCUGUAGGUGUGGUCUCAGGUCAACAGGUCACUGACUCAUUCUGUCUGUAGGUGUGGUCUCAGGUCAACAGGUCACUGACUCAUUCUGUCUGUAGGUGUGGUCUCAGGUCAACAGGUCACUGACUCAUUCUGUCUGUAGGUGUGGUCUCAGGUCAACAGGUCACUGACUCAUUCUGUCUGUAGG